UACAUGGUACAUCCGAAAAUAUACCCGUAGAAAAUUAUUGUCGAUUAUACGUACUUUAAUAUUUUCAUAUUAUUUCUUUUAUUAUAAAUUCAUAUUUUUAUCAUUGACCGGCAACAGCGAUCGUUCACAAGAUUCUUACGUCUAACCAUUGAUUAUAGAAUAGGAUAGUCUAUUCUAUAAUCAAUGGUUUAACAUUAGAAAAUCAUGGAGAGAAAUAAUUUAAAAUCAAAUUUACAAUGAAUAUCACUUCUACAAAUAAUACUUGUCUGCCCGAAAAAGUACUAAAUCCUGGUUGGUGUCCUAGUCACUGGGAUCUAUUGUUAUGUUGGAGAACUUCAAAACCUGGGGCUGUAGUUUACCAAGCUUGUUUUGAUGAACUGAACGGAAUGCGUUAUGAUACAUCACAAAAUGCUAGUCGUCGUUGCAAAUUGAAUGGUGUUUGGGAAAAUUCUUCUGAUUAUAUGAAUUGCCGACCUUUGGAUACGAACAAUCCAUUGUAUCCAGAUCCAUCAAUUGUGUACACAUCAUACUUUUACUAUGGCGGUUAUACCAUAUCAUUAGUGGCAUUGGUGGCAGCUGUUUCCAUAUUUGUUUACUUUAAAGAUUUGCGAUGCUUGAGAAACACAAUACACACAAAUUUGAUGUGCACUUAUAUACUAUCUGAUUUUACAUGGAUAUUGACAUCAACACUACAGGAAUGGCUUUCAGCUAGUAAUAACGCUUGUGUGUUAUUUACAUUUUCGUUACAUUACUUUGUUUUAACAAAUUUCUUUUGGAUGUUUGUCGAAGGCUUGUAUCUGUAUAUUUUGGUCGUGGAAACUUUCACCAGAGAAAAUAUCAAGCUCCGCGUUUACAUGUUUAUUGGCUGGGGUUUCCCGCUCGUAAUUAUGAUUGUUUGGGGUGUUUCUAAGAUCAUCACACCAAUUGAAGUAGAGGAAAGAAGUGAUUCUUGUAGUUGGAUGACACCACAUCCCGUGCAUGAUUGGAUCUACCAAGGGCCGGCGAUAAUAGUGUUGAUAGUAAACUUAGUUUUUCUAUCAAAAAUCAUGUGGGUACUAAUAACAAAGCUAAGGUCAGCGAAUUCGGCUGAAACCCAACAAUACCGCAAAGCCAGUAAAGCUUUGUUAGUUCUCAUACCAUUGUUAGGCGUUACCUAUAUACUAACCAUGGUCGGGCCUACGGAAUCCGGUACUUACGCUAACUAUUAUUCCUAUGGUAGAGCUACACUUUUGUCUAUGCAGGGCUUCAUGGUGGCAAUAUUUUACUGCUUUGUCAAUUCUGAAGUUAAAAACACGUUCAAACAUCAUUUCAUUCGAUGGAAUGACGCAAGGAAUUUGAGAACCGGUGGUAGUCGAAGAUUUACUUAUUCAAAGGAUUGGUCACCGAACACAAGGUCCGAUAGUGUCAGGUUGGCCCGACCAUCGAUCAUCGCCGAUACGGUCAUGAACAAAGGCAAGAGGGCCUCGACCGUCAGCAGUUCGACGACGAUGACGUUCAUCGUCUCUAACGGGUCCGGCGGCGUAUUGCUAUCGAACGCCUGUCAAAAUCGCAUGUUGAACGCUCCCCCCGAAAAUCUCGUCUAGAAAAAAAAAAAUAAAAUAUAUGUAUUAGGUACGUUUUAAAGGUCCGACGGUAUCGUCGUUAGUAAACAACUAGACAGUGUCUUUUUGCCCCGCAGCUGUCUACUCGCUAUUAGUAUAAAAGUUCCUAACCGGUAAACCCAUUACCUUAGAACUAUGCGUGUCACUUUUACCACCACAAUCCCACAAUUCCUUGUAUAGCUAUAUAGGUAGGUAAUAUAUUUAUAGCACGUAAUUAUUGCGUGACGUUUUUAAAGUGUUUUCUGUGUGUGUGUUUUAAGACUUCUUAAACAUCCGUAAAUAAAAUGCGAUUCAAAAACUAUUGCUCAUAAUAUAACCUAUAAUCCUAUAAUAUUGUUAUUGUUUUAGACUACCUACUUUAAAAAAAUUGGAAAAUGUAAACAACAAAUAAAACUCAUCUUUCUGUAAAAAAAUCACCAAAACAAUUCCAUGAUGAUUAUUUUUUAUUUCUACAGAAUUUUAAACAUAAUUUUUAUUCGUUUGAACAUAAUAUUAUUACAAGCAUUAUUUAACUUACAAGUUUUCCAAUUAAAAUAAAUUAUAACAUUUAAGUGAUAUUUCAGAAUUGUUCAAGAUACUAAUUUAAAUGUUCACUUUUUUCUAUUUGUCUAAAAAUAAUUGUUCAUUUAUAUUAAAAAAAUGAACAACUAAACACUUGAGUAAAUUUAUAACUUUGAGUAAUAUUCACAAACCAGUCUCAAUUAUAUUUAAAUUCAGGAAAAAAUAAAAAUAUGUUGAUUCAAUUAAUGUUUCUAUUUAUCAGUGUAAAUACUAAAUAGUAACAUUGAGAUUUAAUUAAAAAUCAAUUGAAUAACAAUGUAAUACAUACAUCAAUAACUUUUUUUUUAGAACUAUGCAGUAUUUAUAUCCAAAAAAUAACACGCGCAAUCCAUAUGUUCCUCGUAUACCUAAUUGUAUGGUGAUAAAAUAUUUAUUUUUUUUUCAAUCUAAUUCCUAUACCUAACUAUUUAUAUAUAUAUUAUAGAACUAUGACUGGCAUUUUUUUUUUUAAAUGUACUUACUAUUGAAUCGCGAAAUAAUAGAAACGGAUUCGUCUAUGUAUAUUAAAACUAAAGAUAUGUGUGUAAUGUGCAGAAACUUAAAUUUAAGAUUAAGUUAUUCCGUAAUACAUUUACUAAAUAUACGUACAUAGAUUUUGUAUAAUUUAAAUAAAAAAUUAACAGGUAGUAAAUUAUUAAAUUAAUAUCUGUUAAUUAAUAAAAUUAUAAGUAUUUGGUAACUAAGUGUUUAAUGACACAUCAUAUCAGUGCUACAACAAGGUUUAUGCAUAUCAUAUUUAAAUCGUUGGAGGUGUAUUACGAUCAAUUCCAUGAAUACAUCGUACUGAACUGGCGAUUCAUGAAUAAGUUGAUAAAGAUAACCCUUAGUCGUGGCUCUGUAUAUCACUAUAUCAGUAUUGUUAUAUUAUUUAAAAGUAAUCAAUUCAUAGGUAUUAAUAAUAUAUUAUUAUGUAUACUGUGUAAUAAUUAUGAAGGAACCA